CCUUGCCAAUGCGGAAGUAGGUAACUCGUCGGAUGUCCACAAUAAUAGUUUAGUAUACGUCGAACAUUUUCAUUUGAAUUAAGGAACGUUAUGUCACAGUUGGUACAGUGAAAAUGUGUGGCAGGUUUCGGAUUUUAUCGAGAAAGGUUUCUAGUUUCGUGUCAGCUUUCGAGUUAACGAGUGGCGUUGCGAUAGUAGUCACACUAUCUUGUGUUCUAAGCAUCGUUACGAAUCACUUGAACAUUGCGGGACAUGCACUGAGUCUGGAGUCCAGCGCUGUUCUCAACGGCAAUGUUCACAAACUCCUCAUCUACUCUUUUUAUCAUAAGGAUGUAGGUCACCUCUGUCUGAGUGUGGCUGUUCUAGUGUUUUUCUGCAGUGGCUUAGAAAAGGGAAUUGGCACAGUGAGAUUCCUGCACAUUUUAUUUUUUUUGAUCACUUCUGUUGGCCUAAUACAUGUACUACUGGAGCUGCUGUUGUUUUCUCCAUCUACAAGGAGCUCAGUUUCAGGCCUAAUUCCAGUCUCUCUUGCCAUGUUGGGCACGGUAACCAUCAGUUCACGCAUGAGGAAGGCAUUCCUGCUAGGUGUUACUGUGCCUACUGCAGCCCUUCCCUGGCUCCUUAUGAUCAUUCUCUAUCUCUUUGUCCCAAAUUCUGUAUUCUUAUGCAAUGUCUUGGCUGUAAUUACCGGGCAGAUGUAUGGCAUGAAAUGGUUUUCUGUGUUGGAGAUGUCGGAGUCAAAAGCUUCCGUGUUUGAGAAGAUGGUACCAUUCCGAUUGCUGAAGAAAGUAACAUGCUUACAUUUUGUCCCUGCAGCAGCAGGGGAGCGAAAAAAGAUUCUGCAUACAAUAUGCAGUCCAUCGCCUGGCUCAUACCCUAUUCAAGCUUAUGCUCCAGCGUCAACAUUUGCUUCUCAAGUUAUAAGUGCUUCGAGCAGUGUAGAUGGUUGGUCACAUUCAAGCAUUAUUCAACCAAACACAAUGCCUUCACUAUACCCUGGAUAUAAUUUUGGGCCCAGGUUUGGAUCCAGCCAUGGACAUACACAUGGUCAUAAUUGUGGAAAUAGCAAUGGACAUAUACAUGGUCAUGAUUGUGGAAAUAGCCAUGGACACAGUCAUUCAUAUCAGACCAGCAAUUUGGGGGUACCAAAGGCUCCUUGUGCCCAUUCUCAUUUUUGCCCUCCUAAGAAUGUAACUGAACAGUAUUUUAGUAACCCAUUACACACAAGAGCUCAAGUAGACUCUGUGACAGCUGUCCCUGUCAUGUCGAGUUAGCAUUAUUCACCACACUCUCUGUAGCUAUAUGUAAUAAGCUAGCCAUAAACCAAUUUAAUUUACUGUAAAAUGCUUGAUUUUGUGAUGCUAUACCUUCAAGCAGAUAUAUGGUGCAUUUAUUUUCUUUUUUGGUACUUUCCUGUCAUACUCCUUUUUUUAUUACUUUUGUGUACAGAAUGCUGCAUCACAGCAAAUAAAAAAAAAAAAGGUACAUUUAAAAUAAAAAACUUAACCACAUAAAUCAGUAUGAAU